CGGCGAUACCGCGCGGCGCUGCAGCCAAAUGAAAAUCAGUCCAGCGUUGGCCGCCGGCGAGGACGUAUCUGGCAUUGAUGUCAGUAUUUUGAAGAUAGAGAAAGAGGUAGAGAGAAAGACUCGACGACAUUCGUGAGAUCGAGGGGGAAUCGAAGGGGUUGAGAAAAUUGUGGUAGGGCCGAAGAGUAGGUAAAGAGGGAGAAAGAAAGACGAGGAGGCCGAGGACGAAGACGCAGACGGUAACGUAGUGGUGAGGGUGACGAGAGGGUAACGAUGAAGGGUAGCCAAGUCGAGACGACGGCGUCCGGGCGCUGCUGCCGCCGUCGCCGCUGCCACUGCUGACGAUCGUGAACGUUCCGGAGCUCGGUGAAAACAGGGUACAUUGUAUCUAGGUAGCCGGCUUGCUCGAUCUGAUGAUCGAGAAAUUUUACGAAGGAAAGGCUCCUCGUCGAGUCCAAUCGCGAGAUUAACGAUUCACCUUCCUGGUUCCGUUCGAUUCUACUUUUAGCGUUGAGCAUUAGCUAACUCGCGGUGAAAAUCGGCUAUCGUGAAUAAGCUGAUAGAAGGAAGGUUGAGAAUAAGAGAGAGGAAUAAAGAUAUGUCCUCGAUGCAGCAAGAUGCAGCACGAGGGAAGCGCUUCGGUGGUUCUCCGGCUUAGUGCGUGCGCGGCGGCAUACGAGAAGAAGGGACACGUUGCUCUUGCUGCUGGUGUACGUCGUCGGUGGUGGACACGAUCACGUGCCCCCGAUAGAAGAACGGGAAGAACGAUGUCAGUGGCGUGCUCGAGGUAUCUGCGACCAUUCGGUGGACCCUGAGAUUAGAGUGGAGCAGAAGGAAGAGUCGGAGCAGGAGGAGGAGGAAGAGGAAGAAGAAGGAGCAGGAGCAGGUGAAAAAAAGAGGAUUGCUUCUUUCCAUCGUCGUCGAGAGAGUCUAAGCGGUUCGCUUUUAUUCGGCGCGCCUGCAGCCACGUGCGGAGACAACCGGACGAGGAGGAGGACGCGGAAGAGGAGGAGGUGGAGGAAGACUAGCCGGAGGAGAAGAAGCAGCGAGCAGCCGGUAGUGGUGCUUGUGGUGGUGCUUGUGGUCGAGAAAGGAGCGAGCUUCUCGGUUUCUAUCUUUGCAAACAUGAGACAUUGGACACUCAUGGCGGCGAUAGCCCUGGCUGCAUCGGGACUGGUAAGCGGCGGUAGUCACGAGAAGCGGCUGCUGUCAAAUCUGCUGGAUGCGUAUAACGUCCUGGAGCGGCCGGUGGGAAACGAGUCCGACCCCCUCGUCUUGAGCUUCGGCCUUACGCUUAUGCAAAUAAUCGACGUCGACGAGAAGAACCAACUGCUCAUCACGAAUCUUUGGCUGAAGUUGGAAUGGAAUGAUGUAAAUAUGAGGUGGAACGUCUCGGAGUAUGGUGGCGUUAAAGAUCUCAGAAUUCCUCCCCAUCGACUUUGGAAGCCAGACGUUCUCAUGUAUAACAGCGCGGACGAAGGGUUCGACGGUACUUAUCCAACGAACGUCGUCGUAAAGAACAAUGGCACCUGCUUAUACGUGCCGCCCGGUAUAUUCAAGAGCACUUGCAAGAUAGAUAUUACCUGGUUCCCCUUUGACGAUCAGCGCUGUGAGAUGAAAUUUGGCUCUUGGACUUACGACGGCUUUCAGUUGGACCUGCAACUGCAAGAUGAAUCCGGUGGUGACAUCAGCAGUUUCAUCACUAAUGGCGAAUGGGAUCUGUUAGGGGUACCUGGCAAGAGGAACGAAAUUUAUUACAAUUGCUGCCCGGAACCUUACAUAGACAUCACCUUUGUGGUUAUCAUUAGGAGACGUACGCUUUACUAUUUCUUCAACCUAAUCGUGCCAUGCGUAUUAAUCGCCAGCAUGGCCGUAUUGGGAUUCACCCUGCCACCCGAUUCCGGCGAAAAACUAUCUCUCGGAGUAACGAUUCUUUUGUCUCUCACUGUGUUCCUUAAUAUGGUGGCCGAAACAAUGCCAGCUACGUCAGAUGCCGUUCCGCUCUUAGGAACGUAUUUCAAUUGCAUCAUGUUUAUGGUCGCCAGCAGUGUCGUCAGUACGAUCCUCAUUUUGAAUUACCAUCAUCGAAACUCCGACACACACGAGAUGUCCGAAUGGGUCAGGAUCCUUUUCCUAUAUUGGUUACCAUGCUUACUUCGAAUGUCACGACCUGCCGAUAAAGAGGAAAAAGAUGCAUCGAAAUCUCAAAAACCAUCUCCGGUCACUGGUCCGAGCAAAUCGUACGGUGAUCUGGAAUUGCAUCAAAGAAGUAGCAAAUCACUGUUAGCAAAUGUCCUGGACCUGGAUGACAACGCGCUGGCGUCUCACAACAAUCUAUUGAACAACGUGUACAGUACGCCGGGUCCACACCAUCACACGAUGGGCCACGGACAUAGUCACAUACACACGACGCCACAUCAUCAUCACAGUCACGCGACUCCCACGCCGCAUCAUCAACAUUCGACGCCGUUGGCUCAUUCUUCCUAUCCCGGCCAUCAACUUGGCCACACGCCGCAUCAUCAUCAGCAUCCCCCAGACACGGCGGCGCCACAGGUCGAGACAAUAUUUCAGAACGCCUGUUUCUGUGCGCGUUACGAGCUCAUACUGAUCCUCAAAGAGAUCAAGGUGAUAACGGAUCAAUUAAGGAGCGACGAGGAAAACACGAAGGUGACGAACGACUGGAAGUUCGCGGCGAUGGUGAUCGACAGGAUGUGCCUAAUCAUUUUUACUCUGUUCACCAUCAUCGCUACCAUCACCGUCCUAUUAUCGGCGCCGCACAUCAUCGUCACGUGAUUCAGAAAAGCCAGGCAACUGCCAGUAGUUGAUCGUCGAAGAUCCGUACUGGAAUGCGUUCGAUCGAUCGCGAGAGCGACAAAACACGACGGGGAGGAGCGGAUGAGGAUGAUCGAAAGGAAAAAAAGAAGGAAGAAGAAAAUUGGGGGGAAGAGGGAUGAUAUCGAGAAGGAUGAAAACCGAAAAUGUUCCUUUCGUCCUUCCGUAUUCCCCACGUUCAUCGCUAGAUCCUUCUUCUUCGUCAUUGACGAAUUCGAAGCACUCGACUACGCUUCGCGUCAUUCAAAAGCAGAAGUUGAACGAGAAGUUACAAUAUAGGAAGGAACUACUUACCAUGUUGACUUAUGUCACGUAAACGUAACGUUCUUUUUUAAGAAGGGAAGAGAAAGAAAAAGGAGCUAGGGGAAAAAAUAUAUGAAAACGAGGACACCUUAUCGAAGCAGCAUGUCAACGUAUGUACGUGGCUACGCGAUGCUCGCAGAGGGUGGUAAGAUCGUGAGUGGGUAAACGAGGGACGACGGAUAUCUCAGCGAACACGAACAAACACACACACAUACACACAUACAACAUUCACAAAGCGAGCUCACAUUCCUCGGUAACAGUCGAUAUUUCUUCUUUAGUGUUUUAUAUCACAGUUUUAUUUCAUAUCUUGAAAAGCUUAACUAUGUUUCUACGUAUGUUAUCUUUGUUUUCUUUUUUUCCUUCGGUACUACUGUUACUUUACGUUAAAUAUUACACAAAAUUAGUUCUCUUCAUUAAGUUUAAUAUAUAGUUUUGAUACUUCUUUAACCUUUUCAAAAGGAUUGAUAAAUAUCUACAAUAAUUCGAAUUAAAUUGAAUUAGACUGUUACCCGAGGUAGACGUGUAAUAUCUACGCGUAAUAAAAAAAAGAUAAAACAUACGCACACAUGAGCAAACGAAAAUAUUAACAUUUAUGCAGAUUAAAAUAAUGAAAUUCGAUGGGGUACGUCGAUGAUCGAGAGAAAAAGAAAAAGAGAAGAAAAGGAAAAAAGGGGUUAGGGAGGAGGCGCGAGAAGUUCGGGGGAAUAAAGGAACAAAAAAGAAAAUGUCAAAAAUUCACAGGAGCGGCUAUAGAUCGAGGACUCUUUUCUUGAGGGAAGGAUCGAAUGAUCUUGGCCAUUGGCUUCCGUUGUAAAUAUAGGAAGGACAAAUUAUUCAAACCAAAAACUCGCACACGUAAAAAUAUACAUAUAUGACAAACAAGUAACACACAUGGGACGGAAACGGACGGACAUACUAACACAGACUUAACUUAAACUCAUCUAUUGCAUGCGCGCACAUAUACAUACAUACAUACACGAAUACGCAACACGCAUACGCGCACAAAUUAUACUAUACACAUAAUAAUACAGAGAGAACAUUAGAGACAGACGAUGCACACAAGCGAAUGGUAAGAUAGAGAAACGAAGAAAGAAAAAAAAAGAGAAAAAUGAAAAAAGGAAAAAAACCGACAAACAAACAAACAAAAAAUCGCUCCUUCGUUGUGUCAAAAACUGGUAAUAUAAAGAAAAAAAAAAAAAAAGGAAAAAAAAAA